UUUAUAUAUAUAGAUACUGAAGUCUGAAGUACAAUAGAAAGUUAAAAAACUUAAUUUCGAGGCUCCGAGCCCCUACACAGUUGAUUUUUCUGUAAUGUUUAUUUUUAUUUAUGUAAGAGAAGAUGUGUGAUCUGGAAAAUGCAACUGAGGCAGCAUCUCUUGCUGUUCAAUUUGAUCAAGCUAGUCAGCCUGAUAAAGCAGUUGAAUGUUAUCGAACCGCUGCGAGGCUGCUAGAUCGAAUUUGUGCUCAAGUUCCAUCUUCACAACAAUCCGAUAUUCGUAUAAAAGUUAAAGAGUAUUUGGAAAGAGCUACAUUUUUACAAGAACAGAAAAAUAAAGCACAACAAGCAGAAAGUGUUCGUGAUUUAGAAAAAUGCUACUUUUUAAUGCAGCAAGCUCUUGAUGCUGAUGAAGCUAAUUUAAAAGAUCUGGCAUUGCAAUUGUACAUGCAAGCUGUGGAAUUAGCUGUGUCAGUUAAAACAAGUGAUCCUGAUAUUAAUAUCAAAAUCAAGGGAUUCGCAAAACAAGCCUUGGAUAGAGCUGAAGAAAUUAAAGGAAUUAAAAAAAUUACAUCUUUAUCCAUUAAUGAAACCAAAAGACCAGUUGUAUCACCAAGCAAAGCUCAACUGCAAAGAGAACAGAGUGUGCAUCUGAAAGUCAGUGGAAAACAAAUUUACACUGAGGAGGAAAAAGAAGUAUUACGUCAAACAUCUAAUAUAAACAAUAAUUGCUUUCUACCAUUUAUGGAUGUUGAUUUAUCAGAGAAGUUCCAAUAUGCAAUACCCUUUGAAGAUCGUGCAAGUGAAUUAAGGUUAUCCUCGAAGCAGGCAAAAGAAUUUGAUAAUUGGGUUCGGCCUCAUGAAGUUUCUAGUGAUCCAAAGUUGAUAGUGGGUGAUCAUGUUGACUGUUUCAGUAUUAAGCAAACUAUAGUGUCAGACUGUUCAUUUGUGGCGUCGUUAGCUGUAAGUGCACUUUAUGAAAAGAGAUUUAACAAGAAAAUUAUAACAUCCAUAAUUUACCCAAAGAAUAAAUACAAAGUUCCAGUCUAUAAUCCAUUUGGUAAAUACAUGGUUAAGUUGCAUCUCAAUGGUGUGCGAAGAAAGAUUAUUAUAGAUGAUCGUCUCCCUUACAGUAAAUAUGGAAGAAUCCUAUGUUCAUACUCAAGUAACAAGAAUGAGUUUUGGGUAUCAAUGCUUGAGAAAGCUUAUAUGAAAGUUAUGGGCGGGUAUGAUUUUCCUGGGUCAAAUAGUAAUAUAGACCUCCAUGCCUUAACCGGCUGGAUACCCGAACGGUGUGCUAUACGCAACAGUGAGGCAGAUUUCAACGCGGAGGCGUUGUAUGAAAAACUGCGUACGCGCCUAGAGUGCGGUGACGUCCUGGUGACAGUCGCGACCGGAUCGCUGGACGACGCGGAAGCGGAACGCACAGGACUCGUUGCUACACACGCGUACGCAGUACUUGACGUCCGGUUUGUUAAUGGUGUCCAACUCUUAAAACUGAAAAAUCCCUGGUCACAUCUUCGGUGGAGAGGGAACUACAGUGAGCUGGAUACAGCCCACUGGACACCAAGUCUUAAGGCCCAAUUGAACUAUGACCCAGACAGUGCAGCUCAGUACGACAAUGGCGUGUUUUGGAUAGACUAUGCUAGUAUACUGAAGUUUUUCGAUGUUUUUUACUUGAAUUGGAACCCAGAAUUGUUUCAAUACACGUAUUGUAUACAUCAAAAAUGGGAUGCGGGUAAUGGUCCCGUUAGAGACGCAUAUAAUGUAGGCGAGAAUCCACAAUUUUCUCUCCAUGUACAAGGACGUGGCGCCGUAUGGCUGCUCCUAACACGACAUAUCACCCAAAUCGAAGACUUCAGUAACAACAAGGAGUAUAUCACUCUACUCGUAUAUAAAAAUGGUCAGCGGGUGUACUAUCCAUACGACCCACCGCCCUACAUUGACGGUAUACGUAUCAACAGCCCUCACUACCUCUGCAAGAUAAUAACCACAGACACAAAUACAGAUAGAUUCACACUAGUCGUAUCACAGUAUGAGAAAACGCGUACGAUAUAUUAUACGCUACGAGCGUACGCGACCUGUCCAUUCUCCAUGAGCAAGAUUGAACCAUAUCCGUUUAAGAAAACGAUAAGGGGAGAAUGGUCGGGUCGCACUGCCGGAGGUUGCGAGAACCACCCAAGCACAUACCCAAAUAACCCAAAAUUCAUAGUAACAGUACCGAAUUCACGGGUGCCUUGCAAUCUCGUAGCGGAAUUGAAGGGGCCUAAACAGUACCAAAUGGGGGUGGAUGCUCGAGUGGAGUCAUUGGACGAUCCCAGUGUAACGGCUCCGUUUUUAAAAGAGUCUUCAGGAGCAUUUAGGUCAGGUUUCGUAGUUCUGCAGCUUCGCAAUCUUCCGGCCGGUCGUUAUAUCCUAACUACCUCAACUUUCUAUCCGGGUGAAGAAGGCCCUUUUUUCCUUGAGCUCAAGUCCACGUGCGAGGUUUCCUGCGAACAGCGACACUAGCAGGGCUACAGGAAAGAAAAUCUUUGCCUUCUGAGGGGAUUGCCAAUGCAGAGAUCGCUUGAAAAUAUCUGAGAAAGUUUUCUCUUUGACAUAAAGUAUGAAGAACUGAAAAUCAUCGAAAAUGCACUUUAACAGAUUAAAUAUCAAAUGAUCACUUUUGUAUAAUUAUAUUUUAAUUGUGUGAUAUUUUGUAAUGUCCCUAAAUAAAGACCAACAAACAAAAUUAUUUUACUUCAAAUUUUAUUGCUGAAAAAAAAAUUAGGUCAGAUUCAGAGCCGAGACAGGAGUCGUUUUAGAAUCUCUAUAUUCGCAAGUCUAUAACUCGCUUUUGAUUUUUAAAAUGUUCUAUGAAUUAUGACGAGUACAAUAAUUCACAUCAGAACCAUAUUGCUUUCGCCGUGUACCUGGAAUUCACGUAACUAAUUGUUACGUGGUACGACAGCUAAUUAUUAAUAAUAUUGGAAACAUACAUGGUGGUGUUAAAACCGGUGUUUGAUUAUCUUCAUGUAUGAACAGCUUAAAAUUAUUUUUCAACUAGUUUAAUGACACUAUUUAAUUGACUCUUUGUUUGUGUAUUUUAGAGAAUUAGAAUAUACGCACAUUAAUAUUUGACAUUUAUAAUUACUGGUUGGUGCUACAUUGCUUCCUGGCGUUAGAGGCUUCGUGGUCAAUCUUAAACAACUUAAAUUAAUUAAAUAGAAAUCAGAUUAAAAUGUGAUUUACAGUAAUUAAUAUAAGUUAUAUAAGAUUAACCGAUAUUGCACUGUGAUACUGUCUAGAUAAAGUAAAGAUUCUCUAUUAAUUGUAAGAUAUAAUCAACUAUUAUAGCAGAAUUCUAUUUUAUGAAGUUAAUAAAUAUUUAUAAAAAUG